UUUUGUGGACGUGGGACGAGCGGGAGCGACGGCCGGAGCGGCGCCGGGACGAGCGGGCAUUCCAGCAGAGCGGGGGAGCUAGAGCCUCCUUUUUUUUUUGUUUUUCUUUUCCUCUCUCUUUCCCCGCCCCUCUCCCCUCUGAAUCCCACUCUUCGCGAUGCAUCGUGAUUCUUGUCCACUGGACUGUAAGGUCUAUGUAGGGAACCUUGGGAACAAUGGGAACAAAACUGAAUUGGAAAGAGCUUUUGGAUAUUAUGGACCACUGCGCAGUGUAUGGGUUGCUAGAAACCCCCCCGGCUUUGCUUUUGUUGAGUUUGAGGACCCACGAGAUGCAGCGGAUGCUGUGAGAGAACUAGAUGGAAGAACAUUAUGUGGGUGUCGCGUCCGGGUGGAACUCUCAAAUGGAGAAAAAAGAAGUCGUAAUCGAGGCCCACCACCUUCCUGGGGUCGUCGUCCUCGAGAUGACUAUCGCCGGAGGAGUCCUCCGCCUCGCCGCAGAUCGCCACGAAGAAGAAGCUUCUCUCGCAGCCGCAGCAGGUCCCUUUCUAGAGACAGGAGAAGAGAAAGAUCACUGUCCCGGGAGAGAAAUCACAAGCCUUCCCGGUCCUUUUCCAGGUCUCGUAGUCGCUCUAGGUCAAAUGAAAGGAAAUAGAGCAUCAGCCUUCAAGAGGAAUGGUGUACAGGAAUAUGUACAGCACAAUACAAGUUUUCUUUGAGACUUCAUAAGCUUGGUGCAUUUUUAAAAUGUUUUAGCUGUUGAACUUUGUUUAUUGUAUCUUGUAACGGUGACACAUGUAAAGAUGUGAAUCUGUAUGGUUUUGAACUGAAGUGAGAUUUAAUACCAAGAAUUUGUUACUUUACAAUGUUCCCUUAAGCAAAUUUGCAUUGAAUAUUAUUCAGUUUGUCUUGCACAGACUUGCAAAUAAACCAUUAAAACCUUGCAGUGGCCAAAAUGUGUUUAAUCUCAAUGUCUUGAAAGUGAUUCUGUGACCAAAAUUAGACAACUUUGGAGAGCAGCCUGCAUGUUUUCAUGCAUGCGAUCAGAUGAUGCCUAUUCAAACUGCAUUUUAUCUCGUUUAAUGUUCCAGUGCUGGUCUAGAGGACCGUUCUUUUGACUAAAUUUUGAGCCUAACUAAAUUUCACUUGGGGGGAGAGAGGGGGAGAACCCUGAAGAUUUGUGAUUUUCCUUUUCAAUGGAGGAAAACAGCCUCUCUCAGCAUGCAGUCAUGUAAAAAUCAAUAUCUGGGGCGAGUAGUCUAGCCCUUUUCCACCAUGCAAUAUUAACUGCACUCCAGUUUAAGGGUACAUUGUAGAGGUGAAACAUUGAAUUACUGUGCAAAAUUUUCCAUGUUGUCAUUUGUAUCAUGUUUUGUGAGACCUUGGGAUUAAAAUUUUGGUUACAACUUGUUGUAAGGAUUUAACUUGCAUACUUGACAUGUUUUCUAUGCAGAACAUAUUCAUUCUGAAUAGUCAUGAUUUCACAUUAAUGUCCAACAUCGUUUGAGGAAGCUAGUUCCAUUUCCUGAUAAAAUGCUUUUGCGGUAGUAGCCAGUCUGAGGGAAAGCCUUUCCUGUUCAUUUCAAUUCUUGGCAUGUGGAAGUAGUUGGCCGGGCCAUGAGACCUCGUUUUGUACAAAGUGGAGGCAGAACCUCGACCAGCUUACAUUUUGGGGUUUUGUUCUCUUUAGGCUUAGACACUAAUAAGGUUGCCCUUUCUUUUUCAAAUAGAGGCCUAGUGACACUGUGACACACUUCAAUUAAAAGUGUGACCUGAUUGUUCUUAAACCCAAAUGAAGAUGCCUUUAAGAGUUUAGGCUUCAGAGUCAAUUUAGCAUGUUCAGUAAUUUGCACUUUCCAAUAAGAUUUAAAUUUGCUUCCAUUCUGAGGUUAAAUCUUGCAUGGACUUCCUAAACAAAAAUCAUGUUGUAAAAUUGUUUCGAUUGUAGUCGGGCAAAAUUGCUUAAUAUGGAGGCAUGCCUAAUCUUCCUAGGUAAUGGGAGAAAUUAUGGUACAUUUCAAAAUCAUUGUGCAUUUAGAUUAAACCAUACUGGAACAAU